CCAAGGGGAAUUGCAGUUUCACUAGUCUGCUGGGAUAGACUUUUUCUAGGUAAUUCUUUUUUGUCUUUAGAGCCAUUUUUAAUUAAUGAGGAAUGUUACUUCUGGUGAAACCGACCUUUUCGCUUAAAAAAAAAAGAGACUCAAAGUCGCAGGCUUUCAACUUACGCACCGCAGUUGACACUGUAAGGUAGAAAAUCACUCAGAUUACUCCACCCACCAACCCACUCAUUGACUUAAGAGUGGACUUGUACAGUUGCUGUUCUUCUUCUUCUUCUGAGUUGUCUCUUUUAAUAAAUCUCAAAGCGCUUUCUAUUUCUCUGACCCACAUUAGCUUUAAUUGAACUGAUUCCCAUUCGGAGGGAGACUGCAAUGGCGGCGCUAUGGUUGCUACUGGGAUUCUUGAGCCUCUUCGUUUUGUCGUCCUCCACUUGUCCUGAUCAUCAAAAGCAAUCCCUUCUCCUGUUCAAAUCAACCUUGCUUAACAUCACUCGCACCACCAAUGACUCCUCCUCCUCAUCCGCAUUUGGCUUAGAAUCAUGGAAUUCAACGUCCGAUUGUUGCCUCUGGGAGGUCACCUGUAAAUCCAGCUCCUCCUCAACAGCACCCGUGGUGGUCGCAUUGCUUCUCGAUUCCCUCGUAUCUACGGAUCAGCCGGUUGUGGUUCCCUCCGCUGUCCUCGCUCCCCUCUUUCGCCUGACUACCCUGAUGCUGCUCGACGUCUCCUCCAAUCACAUACAGGGCGGAAUUCCAGGUGACGGCCUGGCUAGUCUCACCAAACUGGUUCAUCUCGACAUGACGCAGAAUAACUUCAGCGGCAGCAUUCCUCCGCAGCUCUUUCGCUUGAGAUACCUGCAAUAUCUCGACUUGAGCGAGAACAUGCUUUUGGGGGGUUUAAGUCAGCAAGUUGGAUAUCUUCGAGACCUGAGAACGCUGAAAUUGGAUGACAAUUUUCUUGGCGAGAUCCCUGAGGAGAUCGGGAACCUCACUGAGCUCCAGGAAUUGUCUCUCAGCAGCAACUCCUUCUCUGGUAGAAUCCCGGCGUCAGUUUCAAAUCUAAGACAGCUUCAGGUCUUAGAUUUGAGAGAAAAUCUUCUGUCAGAGCAGAUUCCCUCUGAGAUUGGGGGCUUGUCCAACCUCUCUACUCUGGCCUUGGGCAAGAACAAGUUCUCUGGUGGAAUCCCCCGCUCGAUGCAAAACCUGAGCAAGUUGGAAACUCUUAUGCUGGAGAACAACUUGCUCGCUGGAGAGAUACCAUCCUGGAUUUUCGAUAUCAAGCCCCUCAAUAUCUUGUUUCUUGGGAAUGGCAAUAUGUUGGCCUGGAGCAACAAUUCCGUGACAGCUCCCAAAUGCAUGCUUUCUCAACUCUCUCUCCAAUCUUGUGGUCUAGCUGGAGAAAUCCACUCUGGAUUUCAGCCCAAAGCUCUUGUCUAUCUGGAUUUGAGUAAAAAUGAGCUUCGAGGAACCUUCCCGCUCUGGCUAGCAGAGAUGGAUCUUGGAACCAUUAUUCUGUCAGAUAAUGAGCUGACUGGCCUAUCCCCAUCGUCUCUUCCAGUCCUGAGUUUAUCCGUCCUUGACCUUUCACGAAACAAUUUCUCUGGUGAGCUACCAAAAAAUAUUGGCGAUGCUAGGAUCAUGGUUCUCAUGUUGGCUGGAAACAGUUUUUCUGGGACAAUUCCAAGUUCCAUCUCUGAUAUUUAUCGUCUGUUACUGUUGGACUUGGCAAACAACAGAUUGUCUGGAGACACGUUUCCGGUAUUUGACCCUGAUGCCUUUCUUGCAUACGUUGAUUUCUACAAUGACUUCUCCGGUGAAAUUCCCGUGUCCUUCUCGCAAGAAACCAGGAUUCUUGCUUUGGGAAACAACAAGUUCUCAGGGAAAUUGCCUCGGAACCUUACAAACUUGAUCAAACUCGAGCACCUAGAUGUCCACGGCAAUGAAAUUGGGGGGGAAUUCCAGAAUUCUCAUGAAAUGUCUAGCAUGCAGAUUUUGAAUCUGAGAAACACUUCCCUGCAAGGUCCUAUACCAAACAGCAUGUCCAAUCUCAAAGCUCUCCAAAUUCUCGAUUUGUCAGGAAACAGCCUCACCGGAAACAUCCCGCCAGGGUUUGGAAAUCUCGUUGGGAUGAUUGACACGCCAACUAAAUUUUCAUCAAUUUCAGGUGUCUUCACCUUUCCAGUCCAGUAUAUUGAUUUAAUUGUAAACUGGAAGAGAUCAGUACAAGGGCUGUCAUCAAACCCAAGCAUCGUCUACUCUUUGCUGGACUUGUCAAAGAACCAACUUUCAGGCAAAAUUCCAGCUUCAUUAGGUAACCUGAAAGGCCUAAAGAUAUUAAACAUCUCCUCUAAUAGCCUGUCCGGCAAUAUACCAGACAGUUUCUGUGGCCUGGAGAAUGUAGAAAGUCUAGACUUGUCACACAACAAUCUCUCAGGUAAAAUCCCACAAUCUUUUGAGAAGCUGCAACAGCUCGCAAUUUUGGAUGUGAGCAACAACCACCUCGAGGGUCCAGUUCCAAAAGGUGGCCAAAUGGACACAAUGAACGAUCCAAAAUAUUUUGCUAACAACAGUGGUUUAUGCGGAGUGCAGAUUGGGUUGCCAUGUCCACGGAGCCAGUAAAGCCAUCAGCACCAACUUCAGAAGACAAUAGCGAUGAGACUAACGAGCUAAGGUUUGCAUGGGAAGGAGCCUGGUUUGGAUUCCCACUUGGUUUUUGUUUAUCAGUUAUUGUCAUACUUCUAACUGGCUGGUUUCCAGCGCGAGCGUCGUCCCCGGCUCGCCGCGGCCCCGAGAAGGCACGCACCAAGCAGGAUCAGCGUUAGGCGGAUAGGAUCAUAAAAUUCUUCCAAAAAAAAAAAAAAAAAACCCCCCAAAACCAACGCAGCAAGUUUAGACUAAGAGGCCUCUUUCUCUGUAUUGUUCCUCCAUCAGUAUAAACCGCUGCUAAAGAAAGACAGUAAAAAUAAAUAAAAGCAGCACUGUACAUGAUAUCAUGAAUAAAGUAGUGCAGUCCUUCUGGAAUAACAAUUCUGAUAGCAGAUUUCAGCAAGCAAGGACCAAGAUCAUGGUCCCAAGUUAGUCGCAUUGUGCCUGUCAUUUUCGUUCUUGGCUACGAGUCAAAAAAGUGGAUGAUGACAUGCAAUGAAAAUCAACCUCCAAUAUUUUGGUGAUUAAACAUCAAUUGAUAAUCAGGAUUCAUGAUGGGGAUUUUUAUUUCUACCAAGGGGCUAGCUGCCUGCAAAUGCUUUGCUCCACUACUCCUGUUCCUUGUGUUACCAAAGUAGCUUGACCAAACCAUUGAUUCAGUUAAUGGGCUGUCGCGUCACAAAUGACUCAGAAUCACGUUCACCAUAGCGUUUCUUUCUGGAAAGCUUAAACAUAAAAAUACAGUACAAUUAAGCACAAUUAUAUGUAAAUUAAAACGUUGCUUACUUG